ACGCUGGCCGGAGCACAACGCUCCUGCUGCUGGCUUUUCCACUUCCAUCGCGCAGUCUUCUGGCCGGACCGGACGCGGUCUUGCGCGAUUGGUACCUCACGAAAAAUUUCGUACAAACCGACCACGGUUCUUCCACGAAACGCCCCCAUCCGUUCCAAGUAUCGACGGAGAGAGAGAUACAGUAUCGAUAAGUGGUUCCUCAGGAUCGGUCGCUAGCAGAGCAAAAGAGUAAUCGCGGUGUACGGGUGUGAGAAAUUGUAUUCGGAGUGCGCCUCGAUGUGAGGACGGUGCUUUCAUGAGGGAUUAAAAGAAGAAGGAAUCAACGGAGCCGAGAGACAGUUGCACCAAGAUGCGGGAGAAAAGGUGGCUUCUGCUCGCUCUGUACGGACUCGUUCUGGCCAACGCCUGCUCAGCCGCGCUCAAGGGUACCAGGCCGAAAUUCAAGAUCGCCACUACCUCGACGACCACCACCACCGAGGAGAGCCCAGCCCACGAGAACGAGAACGAGGAUGCCGAGUCAACCACGACCGCGACAUCGGCGACCGCCGAGACGAACUCGACGACCGGCCACGUGCUCACCGGGAUACCCCAGAUCGAUUACAUCUGGGACCCGAAUCUUCCGCGAGAAUUGAACGGCUACAACCUCAGCGACUAUCCGUUCUACAACAGCAUACCCGAGGACAUCGACUUCAAAUGCGACGGGCUGCACGACGGAUUCUACGCUAGCGUUCCUCACAAAUGUCAGGUGUACCAUCACUGCCUGUUCGGCACGAGAUACGACUUCCUCUGCGCGAACUUCACGGCGUUCGAUCAGAAGACUUUCAUCUGCCACUUCGUCUCCGAAGUGGACUGCGCUAACUCCAAGAAGUACUGGCACAGGAACGACGCCCUGUACAAGGCUGCCACGACAUCCACCACGUCCACUUCGACGACAACCACUCCAGCCCCAGUGGUACCCGCCGCUGGACGUCCAUCACAGAGGGACAGAGACCCUCCGAGAAGGAGGAGACCCUUUAGAAGACGACCGGCGUACGAUUACUACGACGAGGAGUAUUACGACGACGACUAUAGUCGUCCCAGGGGCUACGGCAGAGACGACUAUGACUACGAGGAUCGGAAGUACAGAAGGGAUAGGGAUCGUGAAUUCCGAGACCGAGAUCGCGACUUCAGGGACAGGGAUGCUCCGAGGACGAGAGACACGGUCGCCAGGGACGACAGAGAUCGAGAUACCAGCGCCAGGGACAGAUAUCCGAGCAGAAACAAUAGGAGAGACCCGAGCAGGUCGAGAGAUCCUCUCGAGGAAGAUGCCAGGGUCAGGCCUAGGGACCCUGAUCAAGGAUCAAGGUCCGCGUCCAGGGAAGUCGACGAUGCGGAAUUGGACGAUCGACGCGGAGAUCCGAGAGUCAGAGACGGCGACGAUCGCCGGUAUCCUGAUAAGAGGUACAGGGAUGAGUACGACGAUAAGGAACCUGCAUCCUCGUCAGGAACUUCUGGAGUGAGUGCAGAUGGUUUGGUGAAGCCUGCAGCACCCGUUGCAUCGGUCUACGCUAGGCCAAGAGCUCCUCCUAAGAUCAGAAGACCGGUACCGAUCUCUGAGCAGGACAAAUACGCUUAUAAGGCUACAGCUGUUCAAUCGACAGAAGAACCUCGAAGACGACCAAUGGACGCGGAAGACGAUUACUACGAAGACGAAGAAGAUUUUAGACCGAUUCGAAGACCCCUGAGAAGAAGACCGUCCUAUCGGGACAGGGACAGAGAUUUUUAUGAUACCAGGGAUAGGGACAGGGACAGAGAUCGACCCUUCAGGUCACGUUACCGAGACGAGGAGGACGACGUGAGACCCAGGAAGCACUCGGAUCGCUCGAGAGAUCGCUACUACGAUCGAGAAAGGGAUCGAGGUGCUGACCGCGGAAGAGACCGGUCCCUGGACCGUGGAAAAGAUCGAACCGUGGAGAGACCGAUGGAUCGCGAUCGAGGGCGGACGCAGGAAGCCGAGAAACAGGAGAGGCCGUUCUCGACGCGACCUGUCGACAGGGACCGAGACGCGGAUCGUCCUAGAACCGGCUCGAGAUCGAAGGAUCUGCAGGAUCCCACAGAUGCGCCACCGAGAAGAGGCAAUAGUUACGAGAGAACUACCACCACCAGCACAACCACGACAACCUGUCUUCCCGAGCAACUGUACCACAAAGUAGAAACGGACAAGGAGCCAGCUAACGAUAGGUCUGAGAGACCAACUCAGAGGACAACGACCAGAGCGCCGUUGGAGGACGAAGACUCUCACAGACCUAGCCAGCAGGACUACCAGGAAAGGGAUCAGGAGGAUAGACGAGAUCAUGGUCAGUAUCAAACCACGGAUGAAUAUUCGCAAGAGUACUACGACGAGCCGGAUGAUCCUCCAGUUCCUUCGCCAAGAACAGCGGUUCGCAUCGUGAAGCGACCGUUCCUGCCGUCCAGAGGCGGAAACGCUAACCCGAGAGGCUUGUCGCCGGUCGGUUCAAAGGCGACCACGCCUAGAAGGGAGGAAGACAGAGUGACGGAGAGGCCUAAGAAUUAUUAUCCGCAAGAGGCCACGCAGGAUAGCUCCCCAGAGCAUAGUCAGCCGUCGAAACCUCGGCAGGAGGAGAAGGAAAUAUACGACGCGUACAAAACCGUCCUAUCCGACAGUCAACGCGAGUCUCACAGACAGGAUGACUACGAUGCUUCUCUCGUCAGACCCACGGCACGAAGACCAACUGAAAGACAAAGGGAGGAAGAGGCGCAGAAGCAGGAAGAUACGUUCGUCAGGGGACCGAAGCAAGGACAGCGCCAGGAAGACCGACAGAAUUACGAGGAGGGACUGGCUAAAUGGCCCGGAGAGGAAUACUCGAGGCCCGCCCAAAAUAACGAGGGCAGCCAGCCGGUUUCCUCUCGCGGCAAGGGGAGAGUGACCGAGAACCCGAACGUCUUCGGCGCGUAUAAGAACGACGAGAAUCAGGAACAUCCAACCGGACCAGGGAACUUCAGGGUGAAGCAGAGGAUCAACGAGGUGACCCAUCAGCUGCAGGAUAUCCCGGAAAGCGAGUACGACGUCACGUUGAACGACGCUUUGACGCCGACGUUGAACCAGGAGGCGAACUUGCCUAGCGGUUUCGUGCUACCACUUCACAGGCAAAUCAGUAGGGACACGGUUCUCCAGCCGUCCGAGAAUAAUUACAAGGUCUCGAGGCCCGUGACUCAGCAGCAACAGAAACCGUUCGUGCCUAGUCCUCAGUUUGUGCCGGCAGUGGCCAACAGCGACAGGCUGAGGACCGUUUAUUACAGACCCGCUGAGACCAUUCAGCUCAGCGGAGCGCAGUAUAGACCGCAGAGGGGGCCGUGGCACGAUUACACCGGUUACUGAACGGGCUUACACGGUUGAUAUUAUAAAAGCUCUCGAGCUGACGGAAUCGUUCGACCCUAGCGAUUCUUAGAAAUUCGAAAAAGCCGCGAAAGACGAGCGUUUAGUUUGCUCGUCUUCGAGGAAACAGUCGCUUCGACUGAUUCCCUCUCUCGGUAGAAAGGAACACUUGUCGGACGCUUGGUCCUCGGUUGGUCAGAAUUUUCGAUGUUUCUCGUACACGAAGAUCCUGGACAACGGAUCAUCGAUCUUUGGGGAUAGAAAAUGAAUACAAAAACGAAUCAAAUAAUUGUCGUGAUGUUGACAAGCAUCGAGCGUAGCAAACAAGAUCGAAGACAGCAUUCCAAAAGAGCGAUAUCAAUAUCGAUAUUGUCGUUCGGUAUUUCUUUAAUUCUCUGAUGCGGCGUGAUUCGAAUAAACCGAUGAUAACCGAAGAAUGUCGACCGGAAUUUAGUCGAAUUCGUUUCUCAUCAAGGCGCUUCUUCGCAAUCUGAAAAAUAAACGAAUGAAUUCGGAGAUUGUACGAAAUUCUUGGGUCGAAGGUGCGAGUCAUCCAUUAAUUGUUUCUACUUUCGGCUGAGCUUGUAAAUAUUCGCACGAUUAUACGCCUGAUUGUACCGUUUAUAUUCUCGCCUUAAAUUAUUCAUGUAAGCGCCAGACACGUGUACACGGUUUUCUACGAAAGCACAUUUGUCGCCCCGAUUAUGUAUUUUCUUUCGAUAUUAGUAGCGAGUAAGCCUUCUCGAGUAUACAUUCCACAUGAAAUCUCUUGUAAAUUAUAUCAACUGUGACG